UUGAGAUGAAUGCUGCCACACACUGCAUAUUUGGUUAUACAGUCAAUAACACAGCCUCUGAUUGGUUAGUAAGUCGGCAAGGAAGCCUGUGAUUGGCCAAUAGACUGAGCUGAGGCAUACCAAGAUGGCUGAGUUGUUAACGUUGCUAAAGUUGCUAAAUAAUCCACAGUGUAGGAUCUAUCAUUGUGAAUGUAUUUUAUAAAGUCGGCCAUGGAACCGAACGGUCCAUAACUUGAUUUUAAAGCUUCUGAAAUGUAUAAGACCGCACUGGCACUCUCGACGAACGUCCCAUCCAGGAACUUCAGUACUGUGGAGAUAUCCAUCUUGGCAUAUACAAGAUCUUUGACGUCAUUUGCAACGCUGACACGCACUGAAGAGGUAAGUUAAAGAUAAUUUAAAAGGAACUACAAGCAAAUUAUUCCAAGUGACUAGACGAAGUGCCUGAUACAUUUUGAAUCAUUAAUUUUUCUUUAUUGUCAUCUUCAUACAGAGUUAAAGUUGUGUUAAUUUUAGCUGUUUAAGUUUUAACAAUCCCCAUGUGAGCUUAACUUAGCUAAUUGGCUAACAAUUAAGGUGAUGGACAUGCUGUACUCCAUGGAAAACGAACCAAACAAACGUUUUCUUCAUUUUUUUCGACAGAGACAGUUGUCUAAAAUGUUUUCAACAGUUUGUUAGCCUACAAUAGAAGAUGCUGGUAGUUAUUGACAUGAGUCAUACAUGUGUUCAGUCGUCAGGUCCUCAUAUUGUUUAGCUUUGAAAGGACUGAAGUGUGUGUGAGGCAGUGUUUAUCUUUGGAUUUGUUUUGGAUGUGCUUCUUUGUUUAGGUAAUGUAGUUAGGCUACUAUUGUCAUCACAGUUGCUUUCUAAGCAAGUAUUUGCAUUUUUUGCAAAGCUAUCUCACUGUAGGUUUGUAAUUUCCACAUGUCCAUUUCCAUUCCACAAUAACAGGUUUGAAGAGCACAUGGCCAAGUGAAUACCAUGUCAAAAAGAAGACCCAGACUUACUCCUCAAGCUGAGGCUACUCAAUUUAUUUUGUCUGGACAUGACAAGACUUGUUUGAAAGUUCAAUGGAUCAAUGUCUUUAAAGGUCGUGGUGUAUUUGCCUGUGCACCCAUCGAAAAGGGUUCCUUUGUGGUAGAAUACCGUGGGGAGUUCAUCUCAAAAUAUGAACGGGACAAGAGGCAAAAGAAGUACACAGAGAAGCAAAAUGCAUUCCUGUUUGAUGUUGACUGGAUCAGUGACAUAUGGUGCAUUGAUGCCUCGCGUGAAGAUGGCUCACUGGGCCGGCUGGUUAAUGAUGACCACAAGUCCCCAAACUGCAAAAUCAAAAAAAUGACAGUCCAGGGUAAACCUCAUCUUUGCUUGUUUGCUAUCCAAAACAUCCAAGCAGAGACUGAAAUAACCUAUGACUAUGGCAAAUCUCAGUGGCCUUGGCGAGCUUUGACAUCAAGUGAUGAGAUUGGGACUAAUUCAGCAGACCCUGAAGUCAGUGAGAGAUCCACUGCAUCCUGUGAACAGACAUCAAGUGAUGAGAUUGGGACUAAUUCAGCAGACCCUGAAGUCAGUGAGAGAUCCACUGCAUCCUGUGAACAGACAUCAAGUGAUGAGAUUGGGACUAAUUCAGCAGACCCUGAAGUCAGUGAGAGAUCCACUGCAUCCUGUGAACAGAUCUCAAGUGUUGAGAUUGGGACUAAUUCAGCAGACCCUGAAGUCAGUGAGAGAUCCACUGCAUCCUGUGAACAG